CUGGCUUGUGGCACGCCUGGAAGACCGCUGCCUCCACCAGCCAACGACCUCUUACGUUACCAUUAAUACCCAUUCGAGCAACAAUUACCUGGUUCAAGUAUCAGCUGUACACUGGCUUGCUUUUCACGUACUCGGAUUUCAAGACAAUUUUCUUUCCUAUCGUGAGUGCCGCUGUCAAAGUCCGCCAUGGGAAGCGGCAUUCAUCGCUGGGGUAGACAAUUUUCGCUUCUGUCGCCGCACCCGUUUUCUCCGUCCCGCACCUCCUACAAGCAAUGCUUUGGAUCUGGCUUCACUUGCUGCAAUGCAAUGUAUCGAACCAAUACAAGACCUGCGAUGAAGACAAGAUCAACAAGCCCUGGAGACCGCUACCCGCCAACCGCGUGACGUUCGGUCAAGCCCAAUUUCUUCGCUGGGCCCUGGUGGUCGUCUGCGCCCUAUUUUCACUCAGCUUCGGGACCGAUGUCGCCGUUGUUAGCCUCGUGCUCACCCUGACCAUGAUAGUUUACGAUGAAGUCGGCCUUGCUGGGCAUUGGGCUGGGAAGAAUAUCUGUGCGGUAUAUGGGUACGGGACCUUUGAGAUCGGCGCUACGAAGAUCAUGGGCGAGACUUCGGAUUUGGACGCCAAGGCCCAGCUCUCGGUGGUCUUGUCAGCCAUGAUCGUUCUGACGACUAUCCACGUCCAGGACUUCCCUGAUAUUGAAGGCGAUGCUGCCUUGGGCCGCAGGACCAUCCCGAUCGUUUUCCCUGGUGCUUCUAGAAUCGUUACACCCCUGCUUAUGUUGGGAUGGACCGCCGUGGUGGUCAACGCCUGGAAGCUAGGUCUUGUGCCCUCGACGCUGAUGUACACCCUGGGACUUGUUGUCGCGGCACGGAUUUGGGCGGACCGCAGCACCUCAGGGGAUAAGACGACCUACCUUACUUACAAUAUAUGGCUAAUCUGUGCGCACCUUCUACCCGCUAACGCCCGCUUCGGUGUGUUGUCGUGGUAAUCAUGCCGACAUUCCGAUAUUCACCUCGAGCUCGGGCGGUGCACAAAGGCUUACGAUCCAAGAAUGCCACGCUCCUUGGGGAUACGCUGGCUGUAUUGAUGUAUGACAUAUGACGAA